CCAUUAUAGUGGGACAUUAAUAGAUUUGUAAACCAGCAAAACAACAAAACUCAAAUCAUAAUAGAGAAAACAGAGAAUCUAUGAACAGCUGCGACCCAGCAACCACCUUUGCCCCAUCCUCGCAUGUGCCACGCUCUCUCUACCUUCAAAAGUCAGCAUAUAAAACUACAAAAAAUAGGAGUUAAAAAAAAAAAAAACUUCAAAUUGGCCCAUCAAACUCAGAUCUCCAAACCCAAUUCAAAUUCUUUGUUUUCACAUCACGUACACAUCAUUUGGCUCUGCGCGAACCCAAAAACUGAGUAAAAAGAAGAAAUACUUCAAUUAGAAGUUGCUUUCAUGGCUAUCACUAUGUCUAUUACUGAUACAUCAAAGCACAAUGCCUAUGGGGGGACUUUGGUUUUACGGUGUAGUGGCGACAUAACUUUGUGAAAAGUGACUGUAUCAGACUAAUUUUAACAAAAAAGGAGAUCAUAAUUGUACUGCUUUUUGGAGAUGUUGUGCGCUUGUUCAGGAGAGCAAUUCAAAUUUGAAGAGCCGGAGCGGGAACCACAGUCGCCGGAGUCGCUGGCGACACGUGAUUUCUCUGCGAGUGGCCUUUCAUCGUCGAGGACAGGAGACUGGGAUUCAAAAUUUGAAGAUGCCCAAGUGGAUGAAGCUGAGUCCACACUAAAAGAGGCUCUUUCCUUAAAUUAUGAGGAGGCUAGGGCUUUGUUGGGAAGGCUUGAAUACCAAAGAGGGAACUUUGAUGCUGCCCUUCAAGUGUUCCAGGGGAUUGACAUCAAAAGUAUAUUACCAAGGAUGACAAAGGCCAUAACCGAGAGAACUCGGCAGCGAAAGUCGCGUUCCAAAGGUGAAAAUGUGCCAGUUGCUGUAAUGUCACUGCAUUCCGUGAGUCUGCUUCUCGAAGCAAUCUUGCUCAAAGCAAAGUCAUUGGAGGAGCUUGGCCGGAUUAAAGAGGCGGCAAGACAGUGCAAGAUCAUUAUAGAUACGGUUGAAUCAGCACUACCUAAUGGAAUGCCUGAGGGGAUUGGUGACGACUGCAAGCUGCAGGAGAUGUUCCACAAAGCAUUAGAGUUGCUUCCUAAGAUGUGGAUACAGGUAGGCUUUCUUGAUGAAGCAAUCUCAGCAUAUCGACGUGUUCUAGUCAAGCCGUGGGGUUUGGAUUCCCAAAGGUUGGCCAGUGUACAAAAAGACUUAGCUGCCACGUUACUUUACUGUGGUGUUGAAGCAAGCCUUCCCCCUCAGUUACAAGUAUGGGGUCCAUCGACCCCUAAAAGUAACAUAGAGGAAGCAACCCUUUUGUUGUUCAUACUCAUGAGAAAGGUGCUACAUGGUGAAAUAGAGUGGGAUCCAGAAAUUAUGGAUCAUCUGACUUUUGCACUUUCAGUGUCUGGGCAUUUUGAAGCUUUAGCAGAUCAUGUGGAACAGGUCCUUCCGGGUACCUAUAACCGAGCCGAGAGGUGGUACUUUCUUGCCCUUUGUUUCAGUGCUGCAGGUCAGAAUGAUGCAGCAUUGAGCCUUCUAAAGAAGGUUUCGGGGUGUUCAGAAGCAGGUCAAAAUCCUCAUUUCCCUUCUUUUUUGUUGGGAGCGAAAUUAUGUUCUCAAGAUGCAAAGCAUGCUCAUGAGGGGAUAAAGUUUGCUCGGAGAGUGAUAGAUUUAGCAAAUAAUCGAAAUGAACAUUUCAUGGGUCAGGCUCAUAGAUUCCUUGGUGUUUGUUACGGGAGUGCAGCCAGAGUUUCGUUUCAAGAUUCUGAAAGAGGUUUCUUUCAUAAAGAAUCUUUGAACUCUUUAAACCAUGCUGCUCAAAUUGGUAAGGAGGAUCCAGAGGUAGUGUUUAAUCUUGGGUCGGAGAACUUCCUACAAAGGAAUCUGGUUGCAGCCUUCGAUAAUGUAAUGUUAUACUCUGAUAUGGUGGCUGGAAGCUCAGUAAAAGGUUGGAAGCUAUUAGCUCUGGUAGUAUCUGCAGAGCAAAAAUUCAAAGAUGCUGAAACAAUAGUUGAUCUUGCUUUGGAUGAGAAUGGGCGGAUUGACCAGUUAGAACUUCUUAGGCUUAAAGCUGUGCUUCAAAUUGCUCAAGAACAGCCCAAGCAAGCAAUUGAGACCUACAGAGUUUUGCUAUCUCUAAUUCAAGCACAAAGAGAACGUCAAACUGAGGACUUCAACUAUGAGGUUUUGGCAGAAAGAAAAUUAGAAAUGGAAGCUUGGCAAGAUUUGGCUAAGAUCUACACAGACCUUGAAUCGUUGCUCGAUGCACAAAUUUGUGUGGACAAAGCCAAGGCAAUUGAUUUUUAUUCCCCCAGAAGUUGGCAUACAACAGGCAUGUUGUUUAAAUCUCAAGCACAAUACAAGGAAGCCCUAGUUGCCUUCUCUGUUUCACUCUCAAUAGAACCAGAUUAUGUUCCCGGUAUUGUUUCAACCGCAGAAGUAUUACUGAAUAUGAGUAGUCAAUCGAUUCCAAUAGCAAGAAGUUUCUUAAUGAAUGCUCUGCGUUUAGAACCCACGAACCAUGAUGCUUGGUUUAACCUUGGAUUGAUUGCUAAGAUGGAAGGCUCGAUACAGCAAGCAGCAGACAUUUUCCAAGCUGCACACGAGCUCAAGAUGUCAGCACCUGUUCAAAGCUUCGUAUGAGACGUCAUUUUAAGCAAUUAGCUCGAAAAUGACACCGUGAAGUACAACUUAGAGCAUUGCCUUCUCUCUGUAAGUUUUUGAAUCUUGUAAUUACAUUCAUUUGCCAAGGUUAGGGGCUUCUCAAUGAAUCAAAAGAAGAUAUUUAAUAGGGAGGGAGACUAAAUUUCGUGCCGGAUGUGUUCUAAACAUGUUAGGGUUCACUUUGCUUUGUUGUAAUAUUGUCUGUAGUGACCGGCACUGAAUGGAAUGAAUUUGUUGAUGGGAAUAUUUUGUUCCAAGUGUAAUGUGCCACAUUUAUUCUUUCAGCUGCUUUUGCACGUAUAUGUGAUUUGAUACUGGUAUAACACCUUCCUCUUUCACCGAUUGCAUGAAACUGAGAAAUCAUGAUUUCGGUUCACGCCAAAUUUGAACCAAAAUUUAUUUUACAUUUUACUGCCAGCCAUUUCCAUUUUUUUUUUUUCAAGUUUGCCAUAUCUGGAUAAAAGUAGUCAGUAAUAUGCAGGAAAGGAAAUUGUAGCAUCUCAAAUAAUUACUUGCAUUAACUAAAAAUUACAUAAGAAGAAAAUAGAAUAAUUUACAUAUAACUGUAUGACUAGAACAAAGCUGGAGAUGGUGAUGGUUGUGGGGUGGGGGAAGAGCUCGUACGCCAAACUCCUGUACAACGAUCAGGUCAGGUGAAGAAGAAGGAAGAGGAAGAAGCAAAGGUGAAACAUUGGAGAUACAAACAUUUGCAACUUUAUUAUCUACUUGUGUUACAUAAUAAUUCAUUCUAGAGUAGCAUACACCAAAGAAGCAUUUGUGCGAGUCAUCGACAGUCUGCUUCAGAAAUGCUGACAACCAAAAUGUUGAGAUUAUUCCAAAUAA